AAUUGCUCGAGUUGUACUUGAGCGUUGGCUUGACUGUACAGUCGUUGCAACCAACGAUUAACAAGACAAGACAGGACUGCUAUUCUUCGGCGACAGUUUCAAUUCGCGUAGUUUUCUUUAGAAGCUGUUUGUUUGUAUUUCGGGAGCUUUGGCUUGAUUUAUUUAUUUUUUUGGAAUCCGCUAUCCACAUUUCCAGAAACCCAAUUGUGCAGUUGCAAGAUAUGAAUCCGUUGGGCGCGUCUUCUCAGUGGCCACCUUACAACCUGCAUCCGUCCACCCUCAGCUACAUCCUUAGUGAGAGCGAGUUGACUGAGGAUGAAGGCGACAUUUUGUCGGAAGGAGAGGAGGACUUGGGGCCCGGUAAGGUCUUCUCGGGCUACGAGGGAUGCUUCCGAGGUCGCUUGGAUAAGAUGUACUCAAGGUCCAAGAGAGCCCACCACAAGGUCCAUGUUGGCGGGAAAGCCAAGUAUCACCUUUCUCCCGGUGCUCCCGCUGGUGCUUCAUCAUCACCUUCAGCAGGAGACCUCGCAUUCACUCAGAAAUGCACGGAUUUGCACAGCUUCAUCUGUCCUCUGAUGGAUCUUCUUCAUGGCCUUAAAACUGGCAGGUUUAACAAAGGUUUAACCAGUUUCCAGCAGAGUGUCGCCAUGGACAGACUGCAGAGGAUUCUGGGAAUUCUGCAGAGGCCUGAAAUGGGGGAGCGAUAUCUGCGCAACUUGUUGCAAAUUGAGGGGAUGCUGAAAGUCUGGUUCCCUCAGGUGGCACCUCGUCCCACGGUCACGUUAGCCCAAAGCUUCACCCCCAAACUUAUGACUCCCUGGCGCCAAAAUCAGCUCAGCAUGCCAGUCAAGAAGCGGAAGUUCACCUGGUCAGAUUCGGACUACAGCGAAACGGAGCCACCCAAGAAAAAGAUUCCCCUACCUGAAAGCUGCCCAACCGUGACGCCGUGCAGCCUUUCCUCAAGCGCAGCUGGAACAGCGGGGAAGCAAGAAACUCCCAAGGACGCUAAAGUCAACUGGGGCCACGCAUUUGAGCUGGCCAACCGCACAUUCAGCCCUCUGCCACAAGAACAUGAAAUAUCUUCCACCGCUUGCACAGUUGCACAGGACAAGUCAAUAUCCUCCAGUGCUGACAUGAAGUCUGCUAACGUGUGCAAUGACACCAUGAUGUGCCAGUCGGAGUAAAGGUUCGAGGCCUCGAGUCCACGCACUCGAGGCGAUCAGUCAGUCUUUUGAAAAAGCGU